CUCGCACUAGUUCGCGUCGCGCCGCGCCAGCAAACAGGCGAGCAGGCAGGCGAGCUCCGGAGCCUGGGAAUUAAAAACACACACACACCACCGCAAAAGAAAAAAAAAGAAAAACAACACCAGCAGCAGCAGCAGCACAACGAAACGAAACAAAAAAACAGGCUGCCGACGUCGCGCUCCGGUCUUCACGUUGUUUCAUUCGCAGCGAGGUAGGGCAGUUGAGUGAAUUUCUCCAUGAAUGUACGUCACAAUGAUGAUGACAGACCAGAUUCCACUGGACUUGGCUCCGCCGCCUCUCCUGAACGGGGAGGUCCCGCUCAUGCCGCACAUGGUUAACGGCGACGCGGCGCAGCAGGUCAUCCUUGUACAGGUGAACCCGGGGGAGACGUUCACCAUCCGAGCGGAGGACGGCUCGCUGCAAUGCAUCCAGGGUCCGGCCGAGGUCCCGAUGAUGUCCCCCAAUGGCUCCAUCCCACCCAUCCACGUUCCCCCAGGAUACAUCUCACAGGUGCUGGAAGACACCACCGGGGUCCGGCGGGUGGUGGUGACCCCUCAGUCUCCGGAGUGCUAUCCUCCCUCCUACUCCCCCGCUUUGUCGCCCACGCACCACCUGCCCCCCUACCUGGCCCACCCGCACUUCAUCCCCAACUCCCACUCUUUCUACCCGCCCGUCAGCCCCGGCGAGCUAACCCACCAUCAGUACUACCAGCACCACCUCCCCCCCAUGUACGCCGACCCAGAAAUCAUUCCGGUGUACGGCAUGUCCAAUUUCAUCCGAGAGGAGACAUACAGUAAGCCGCAGCCCAAGAAGAUAAAAGAACAGCGGCAACUGGAGCGACAGAACCGGCUCAACUCGCCGCCGUCCACGCUGUACAAAGGCAGCCUGGGGCCCGCCCACAACGGUUACAGCAGCAAGUCCCACGCGCCGUCGCUCGGGUCCGUGGGGUCGGGCGGCGGAGUCGGCAGUCCCGGCGGGAAGAAACCGGAGCGGCGACUUCGCAGCAGUCCGCGAAACUGCGAACCGGAGGCGCACACGCAAGAUCAUGAUUCAGAAGCAAAACGUGUUCAAGACAUGCUGUCUACAAUCGACAAACCACAGGUGUCCAACCUGCAGGCCCGCGCCGUGCGCCUGUCUUGGGCGCCCCCCGCAGGCCUGGCGAGCAGGCACAGCAACGGCGUGCCCAUGUCGUGCUCGUACGAGGUGUCGCUCUCGGAUAAAGGGCGAGACGGGAAGUACCGCCUCAUCUACAGUGGUGAAGAAGUGGAGUAUCAUCUCAAAGAUCUAAGGCCAGCGACGGACUACCACGUACGCGUGUGCGCCGCGUACAACUGCGUGCGCGGCUCGUGCUCGGAGGCGAGCUCGUUCACCACGCACUGCAGCGUCAGCGUUCCCGACGUCCCGCUCGCCCCCAAGCUUUCCCACCGCACCAAAAGCACCCUCACUUUACAGUGGAAGCCGCCAGGCGACAACGGAUCCAAAAUCACAAACUACCUGCUCGAGUGGGAUGAGGGGAAGAAGAACAGCGUUUUCCGGGAAUGUUACUUCGGCAGCCAGAGACACUGUAAGAUGACGCGUCUGUUCCCCGCCUCCGCUUACACCUUCAGGGUGGCGGCGCACAACGACAUCGGCACGAGUGGCUUCAGCUCCGAGACUGUGUUCUACACCAUGGGCACGCUGCCCGCUCUGCCUCUGGCGCCGCGUCUGGUGCGGGCCGGCGUGUCUUGGGUUACCCUGGAUUGGGGGCGACCAGAGGGCAGCCCCAGCGAGGAACAGCUCAAAUACACCCUGGAGAUCCAGGAGGACAACAGCGGAGCUGACUUCCACCCGAAGUACACUGGAGAAAACUUGACCUGUACUGUACAAGGCCUGAAGAGGAGCACGCAGUAUAAAUUCAGGCUGAUCGCGUCAAACAUGGAGGGCAAGAGCAGUCCCAGCGAGGUGCUGGUGUGCACCACCAAUCCCGAAAAACCGGGACCCCCGUCCACGCCGGGCGUCGUGGCGUCCACGCCCUACGCGCUCAACGUCACAUGGGAUCCCCCGCAGGACAACGGCGGCUCCGAAGCGCUGACGUAUUUGUUGGAGAUUAGCGAGGGAUGCUCGGAAGCCGGCCAAUGGGAGGUGGCGUACAGCGGGCCGGCGACAGAGUGCGUGUGCGAGCGCCUGGCACCGGGCAGCGUGUACUGCCUGCGCGUGUGCAGCAUCACCACCGGGGGGCACAGUCAGUGCACCGUUGCCGUUCAGGUGCGAACGUUAAGCGUGCCGCCCGGGCCCUGCCAGCCGCCGAGGAUUGUGGGUAAAGCCAAACACAAGGAGGUGCAGUUAGAAUGGGAGUCCCCCAGCGCGGAGGGCGCGAGCGAGGCGUUCGUGUUCAGCCUGGAGAUGAGCGAGGACGACGCCCAGCCGGCUCAAGUGUUCCACGGGCCGGAACUGCAGUGCACCGUGGGUAGUCUGCUACCCGGCGCCACCUACAGCUUCCGGCUGAGGGCUGCCAACGAGGCUGGGUUUGGAGAGUACUCUGAGCCAACGUUGGUCACGACUGCAGCGGGUCCUCCCGGCCAGUGUGAGGCGCCGCUCAUCGCUCUUACGAGCAACACUUGUGUGUCGCUCAACUGGGAGAGUCCCGAGGGUUCGGGCAGCGACAUAUCGGAGUAUCGGCUGGAGUGGGGACGGGAGGACGAGCCCAUGGAGAUGAUCUACUGCGGCUCGGCCACGCAGUGCGAAGUGUCCGACUUGGCGCCCGCCACCGGUUUCUGCUGCAGGUUGCAGGCUGUCAAUCAGGCAGGGGCGGGGCCUCACAGCGAGCAGGUCAGUUUCCAGACGCCGGCGACCAUCCCCGACGCCGUCUCCUCGCUCGGCCUCCUGGACCCGCCGGCCUCCUCGGAGCCGGGCCAGUCGCGCUCCACCUGUCUCUUCCUCAAGUGGGAGGAGCCGAACGCCAACGGGGCGGAAAUAUCUUCGUACGUCAUCUCUUUGGACGAGCGGACCGUCACGGUGGAGCCGGCGACCAGUCACCUGGUCGGCGGUCUGCAGCCGGACAGCGAGUACAGCGUUCAGAUCCAGGCGGUCAACGCCAUCGGCCGCGGCCCGUCCUGCCCGCCGCUGCUGGUGAGGACGCGGCCCCUGCCCCCGGCCCCGCCCCCUCUGGAGUGCACCGCCGCCGGGCCGCAGAGUCUCAAGCUCAAGUGGGGAGAGAACGCCAGCAACCCUCGCUCCUCCCUGCUGGCCGACGACGUUUACUACACGCUGCAGAUAGAGGACAAAAACCGCAGGUUCCUGACCAUCUACCGGGGCCCCAGUCACACCUACAAGGUCCAGCGGCUGACUGAAUCCAGCAGCUACACGUUCAGAAUACAGGCCAUCAGCGACGCCGGCGAGGGCCCCUUCUCGAACAGCCACACCUUCUCCACCACCAAGUCCGUGCCCCCCGCCCUCAAAGCUCCCAGGGUGCACCAGCUAGAAGGGAACGUGUGCGAAAUCACGUGGGAGACCGUCCCACCGAUGAGAGGGGACCCCGUCAGCUACGUGCUGCAGGUUCUGGUGGGCCGCGAGUCCGAAUACAAGCAGGUGUUUAAGGGCGAGGAGGGCGCCUUCCAGUUCUCGGGUCUGCAGGGCAACACGGACUACCGCUUCCGCGUGAGCGCCUGCCGCCGCUGCCAGGACUCGUGCCAGGAACUGUGCGGGCCGCUCAGCCCCUCGUCCCAGUUCACGCUGCGGCGCCAGGAGGCGUCGGGGGCCGGGUCCGCGGCGGCGGGCGGCGCCUGCGUCCCCUUCGCCGGCUCCGGCCGAGGGGCGGCGGCGAGCCUCAUGUCGAGCGACGAGCGCUUCGCCGCGCUCAUCGUGUGUGCCUUCGCCGGCCUCUCCAUCCUCAUCGCCUGCUUGCUGCAGUACUUCUUCAUGAAGUGAGGGAAUCUUUUUUUGUUCUUGUUCUUUUUUUUUUUUUUUUUUUCACGACAGGAUAGAAAGCGAAACCCAAGAGAAACUUUUUUUUUUUUAUAACAGAUCGUCGAGAAAAACACUUGAGACGCUCUACUUCUUCUUCUUCUUCUUAAGACUUUUUUCCCCCCGUGUUUUCUCUUUGUAGCCGGGAUGUACCUCUUCGCUGAGGGCGAGAAAACUCAUCCACAAGCCUUAAAAUAUCUGUGAGCAGUCACUCAGACCGACUUGCGUUUUUUUUUUUUUAAAUCAUUUCAAUUAGAGGACGUGUACAUUUCCUGGUUCGUUGCCUUAAUCUUUUCAUUAUUUACCUUUUUUUGGGGGGGGGCUUGUUUGCUGCAGUCUUUAUCCACUCAGCCAUAUUGUAAGUUAGGCAUUCAAAGCUUUAGCCGCGCAUAUUUGAUGAUACACACAUUUACACGCACACACACACAUACAAUUGUGCGUCGACAAUGACUCACCCGGUGUCACACGCUCUGCUUCCUAACGCUCGCCAAAGUGAUGCAAUACACGUGUGAUGUAAGAUGCUGCUAU